GAGAAGAGAAAGAGUGGAGUCUAUCUGAGGAGAAAUUCUGUCAGUGUAAACACCACAAAGAGAAAUAUAAUUCCACUCCCAAUAUUACAGUGGUACUUCUCAUCCUCUGAUCAUUCUAGUUUUAUAACAUUAUCCAGCAUUACUCUGGUUUGGAUUGUUCGAUUUUUCAGUUUAACUGGUACAACAAAACCGAUCUUAUCCAAAAUGGUCACAAAAGAAAAACAAAUCCCCAUCAAUCCAAAUGAAUUUAUCUUCUAAAUGGAAUUUCGAAACCUUUUAUUAAAUUUUCAAGUUUAUAAAACCUCUUCGGUCCAAUACCACCCCCCAAAAAAAAAAAAAAAACUUGAAAAGUGAACAGAACCAGCACAACUACAUGAAGAACUAAUAAUAGCAAAAAAUCAAAAAUUAAAAUUAAGAAAAGCGGCAGUAAUUAAUUGAACCGUCUGAUCAACAAGGCCUUAUCAUCAAUCGUUCAUCCCAACCGCAAAACGCAAAACGCAAAACGCAAAACGCAUACGCAGAAGCACAUGGCGGUUGUUGUGGUGGUAAGUCGGUGGUUCAGGAGAGAGAGUGCGAUGCGAUCCCUUCCGCUUAGUCAGUGGUUCAAGAAACAUACAAUUACAAUUUACAAAGAUGAGGAGGACCGGCACUCUCCUCGUCUCCCUCAUCCUCUUCCUUAUAUUCCCACUUCAAUCAAUUCUUGCUUUUAAUUCUUCCACCACCCAAAUCUUGCAGGAUGUGUUAAAGAAAAUAUCGGCCAAGCACAAGUGGUAUUUGCAGGACAUCAGGGUUUCGAGGUUGGAUGCCAGCAGGGUUCGCUUCGGGAGCGCCCAGCGAUAUGAGUUCCGGGUCGGAUUCGGGAAGAUCCCCGUAGGGGUCUUGUUCUCCGACGACGUCGCUUCCUGGAAAAAGUUCAGGCAACCCAGAACCCAUUUCGGCUCUCUCGUUAAGGAGCUCAGCUCCAUGGCUGUAGUUGACACCUUCAAAGUGGAGGGUCCCUUUGAGUUACGGGUCGGCGGCAUUCAUCACCUCUCCCUUUCAUUGCCGAUGAACACUACAUAUAGUGGGUUUAAAAGGGUUCUUGUUGGUAAAGGCAUCACUGUUGAAGUAAGUGGAGCUACAGAAGUUUCUGUGUUUCAUGCAUCUGAUCUUGGGUUAUCAUCAAAAGGAAGUGGUGCUAUUGGCAAGGAGAAAAGUGAGUUUUGGCCUAUUUGGCAUUCAUACUGCACACCGUUAUUUCCUAUUCGUGUUUUAGGGCCUGCAACGUUGGUUGCAUACAAGACUCGAAAUCCUGAUGCCUACAUUGAGACCAAAUUUAUGUCCAAGGAGAUAAUUGAGUUCUUGCCAGAGAAGUGCUACAGAAGCCAUGCUUACAAGAAACGGGCUUGUCCCAUUGAUUCUUUACGUUUGAGGAUAUCUAUGCUGGAAAGCAUUUGGAAAAGCUUUCUUGGUGAUAGAAUUCGCCAAAGUGGUUUGUCAGGAUUUGUUGAAGGGAAAAUCAAAGCUUCAACUGUUGUCCGUUUCAAGGUUGAGCUCGAAAGGGAAUUUCGGAGGAAUGGUGCACUUCAGGGCAAGGCAGGGUGGAGAACUAGGCCGGCCGUUGAACAGGUAUGGUUUGAAGUUUUGGCAAGAGUGGAAUUUGGGAGGGUGAAGCCUCUCAUGGUUAAAGAGAUUAGGCCCUUCAUUGUAGCAGAUUCAAUUGCGUGGAGUAGUUUGAUGUCUAAUAUUUCCUUCACCAAGUCCUCAUCUGUCCUUGUACCUUCUGAGGCGCUAACGUUGGAUGUGAAGUGGUAGAGGAAACAUGUUGUAACAUAGUACUCAUGUUUGAGAAUGUUUUACAGAUUAAGGUGGCAAGGGGUUGUCUGUGUCCUUGCCCCUUCUCUGGAUGAUGGAUGAAACAGUACAUGUCAAUUGGUAAAUAACCCUCUUAUUUGGUCCUGUAAAUAAAUUGUUCAUGGAAAAGAAACAAACGUUAUACAGAAGUUUGAUCUUAUUUUGAUUUUUUUGA